CGUUCCACCGAUCAGCUUCUUCCGACCGCUAAUCUGCUGAAUACCUUUCGCCUGUGAUGGCCAUAUCGAACUAGAAGUGUCAAGUCAGUCCUAAGGAGGAACGAUUCCGGUCGAGUGGGAAGAUGGACGGUCCUGCUCAGAGCUACUUUACGGAACAGCUCGUAGGGAAUGUCUUCCAGGACAACAACCUGAUCUCGUUUGCCCACCCGGAAGUCGCGACUUCGGCUUCUCCGGUACAACCCCUCAAUCGACUCUCAGCUUUAGUAUCUGGGGGUGCCGCUGCUGCGACGCGGCGGACCUCGCAGAUAGGAAGAGCUUCAUCUCCAGGGUUAUCUGGGUUCUCUUUGCGGUCGGAAGGGCUUAGCCCGGAUGUCAGCUUGUCGGGUUCGGACAGACCGAGAGCGAAGAUCACUUGCUCUGUAGGAUACGGGACCAACCUAUAUGUCGGAUCGUCGGAUGGCCAAGUAUGGUGGUACACCCUCGAUUAUAACAGCCCAAGUAGCAGCACGAGCGGUGCUGGACCAUAUGUUCUAAAAAAUGGGCAUACCAUAUCUUCAAGGAAGGCUGUGGACAAUAUCUACCUGUUACCGCGUGUUGGAAAAGUCGCAAUUCAAGCUGAUGGCACACUUUACUUUCUCGCACUACCCACACUCGAACCGCUACCUCACGGAAGUGCACAACCGAUACGCGAUGUCAUAGACGUGGCACUCGAUGAUCAGGAGAUCGCUUGGAGACCAGGCGACGAUGAUAACGGUGGCAAGGGGGUGGAUAUCACGUUGAGCAUCGUCAAGCGAAAGGCCAUCUCCAUCUACAGGCUGGGCAACAAGCUCAGUUUCCUUCACGAUGUUCCUCUACCAGAUACUCUCACUCGAGCAGUCAGAUCAGGCGGGACCAUGGCGGUGGCAGAUUCUUCAAAGUAUUGCAUCGUGAACCUUCUCGAUCAAAACAUGUACGAGGUCCUGCCUAUCGCCCAGGUAGAUCCGGCCGAGAUCGGGAUCGAGGGUUCCCUUGAGGUCAACAUUGCAGUGAUCCCGGGAGAGGAAGAGUUCCUCUGCACGUCUUUUGCGGGAUCGGGCACAAUCGGUGUCUUUGUGAACAAAGAAGGAGAUCCAGUAAAAGGCACCAUCACAUGGCAAAGCCAUCCGAAGUCCAUCGUUAUCGAGGGCGACUCUGUGGUCGCGCUGCUACGAGAUGACACGCUCACCAUCCACUCGAUGUCUAUCAUUGCCAGUGGGACAGGUGGCGGAUUGUUGCAGACGAUCGCUUUGCCUCUGGGCGCAAAUCCAUUGCAUUUGACGUCCAACCCGUACGGUAUCGCUACUCCCAAUCGACAACGAGACGACAAGCUUGCAGCGCGUUCCACGAAGAUCAUUCCUUCGCCUCGACCACCGGCAGAACUACCUCGGCUGAGGAGUGACGACAACCUUCUGGACGCCGAGACACCUUUCGAGCCUCCACCUGGUUCCGGCCUAUCACCCCCAUUUUUCCCCGUCGAUUCGUCUAGAUUGGACCAUCGCCCACCGAUGAUCAGUCAGGAUUCCUCUGGGAGCGCUUCGAGGCCAGCAACAACGACCAUAGCGGAAACGUUAUUGUUCACGGACGAUGCUGUCAUCGCUAUCGCACCGCGGUCCUGGCUUCUUAAUGCCGACGCUCUAAUAGACUCGGGCAAUCUAGACGAAGCCGUCAAAUUGACAGAGGUUCAACGGCGAAAGGGGAAACGAGGCGAAAUCGACGGUGACAAGACAAGCCAUACUGCCGAUCUUAGGUAUAUGUACUGCCGAAUAGCCUACCAGAACUAUUCCAAGGCGUUGUUCGAGGAUGCAGGAUCGUACUUUCAGAAAAGCAAGAUAGAUCCGAGAUUCGUCAUCAGGUUACUUUCUGAACACGUCGGCAAGAGUAUCGGCCCAGACGACGAGGCGGUCAUUUGGCAGGGUGCAGAAGCGGACUCGAAAUCUGCCGAAGAUUCUGGCUCCAUCGUCGACCACAAGCUCAGACAGGUCUAUGGUUCGUCAUUGGUCGAUGUGGAAAUACCGUCUCCUGAGGUCAAGGAGUUGAGGACGCAGCUCUCCAAUCUGGUCAAGACGAUGAUGAUGGAAUACCUUCGAAAAGCGCAAACUUCUCGCCGCAAAGCCGCUUCCAGACAAGAUGCCAGUGGGGACAAUCGAACCAUGCAGGCGAUCGAUACGACUCUAGCUAAACUCCUGAGCGAGUCGGGUGAAAUAGAAGAGUUGCUACAGCUGCUAGCUGGUACCAAUGAUUGCAUUGUUUCGGAGGUGGAAGAGUUUACAGAUCCAAUACAGCAUCCCUAUCUGAAAUGCGAGUUAUUGAGGAUGACCGGUCAAAAAGAAAGGUUGCUUCAAGGCUUGGUAAAAAUCGCAGAGGGCGAGACGCCGGAUCAACGCUGCAUAAAUCCGGUAGGAGAGAUCGCGCAGCUACUUUUGGAGAUCAGCGAUCAGUCGUUGUUGCGAAAGUACCUGCUGUGGCUACUGAGGCGCGAUGCGCCUGCUGUGCUCAGAGCUCUGACUGUCAUUGAUGGGCGUCCCGGUUGGGCCUUUAAUACCGCGCAAUUGUUGGAAGAUAUGCGGGAAAUCAAUGAGCAGGCAGCUGGCGACUACCUCGAGCAUGUGGUUGUGGUCCGGCGUAGCAUAGAUCGUAACUUUCACGACGCCUACGCUUCUCAUCUUCUCGACCGCUGCGAAGCGUUUCUUGAAGAUGACGGCGUCGUCUACCACUUUCAGGAAUUAUUCGACGAAUAUCACCAGACGCGACCCAAUCUUACGUACUGCCAAUAUAUCGCGGAGACCGCCCACGACUCGCCGGCCAAAACCGUUCGACUCAAAACGAUACUGUUCUUACAAAGUUCUCCGUUCUUUGACCUCCGGGCUGUCGAAGGCAGGCUGGAAAAGCUUCAAGCCCUGUUUUAUGAGCGAGCCAUAGUGUAUGGGAGGCUCGGCAAGCACGACAAAGCUUUACGCCUUCUCGCCCUGCAAUUGCGGGACUCAGUAUCAGCGGAGACUUACUGCACACAAGGCGGCGAAGUCUUGCCGCCCAAAAUCGCCCACGCUGUCACCAGUAGAAUCAAGUCACUAGAGCCAUGGGCAAGCCUAGGCGAUGUUGGAAGAAGACGACGUGGUACUAUAGAGGGCCAGCUGCGCCAGCAACUGGUCUCGAUCCUGCUGAAGGUGUACAUGUCGGAAGGCGCGGAGGCCAGCAAGGAGACGGCUGCCUUGCUGAAUGCGCAAGCACUGCACUUGGACAGCCUGGAGGUUCUGGAAAUGGUACCAAACGACUGGAAGGUGCGCGACAUGUCCGACUUUUUCGGCCGAGCCUUGAAAAGACAGUUGCAUGAGCGGUCCCAUUGGCAAAUCAUCAAGGCCAUCUCGGCCGGCCAGAAUAUGCACAUUUCGGAAGAGUAUGCACGAACAGUCGGAAGGCAGCCCGCUACUAUCGAAUACCCUCCCACACCACCUUAUGCGCCUUCUGGCGGGACGGCGGAUCAGACACGAACGAUACUGCCUGACAUGGGCUCUCCAGACGAAGGCUCCAUAGCAGACAUCGAAUACCGAAGCAUGCUGGAGAAACGGUCAGAUGCUGGCGAGAAGAGUCCCGUUACCGAUAAGUCAGAUUUGAAAGAGAAAGGUUCUCCCAUCGCUUCAACGAAAGGAAGGCCGACCGACAGUGAUCUCGUCAACAAAGAAGUUGCCGUGCCGUCCAAAACGUCCGCACAGGUGGGGCGGACGCUUUGAUAGACAGAGCAAGCCAGGUUUGUAACAAAUACCCACGGGCAAUGGACUUGCCUCGAUGCCAACGAUAUGACGAUAUAUGACGAGACCCUUACCCAGGCGACACUCACUUCG